AUGUCCUCCAAGGUUCAGGUCCUGGGCGGGGCUUCUACCAGCAAAGGUGAUUUUGCUUGUCUUCCUUUCUUCUCGCACAACUCUAAUCCGGCAGUCCCCGCAAACACAGAACUUGGCCCAAUCGUCAGCACCCUUCCCGCUGCUGAACCGGACCGAUCCAUCGUUCUGCACGGUUCCCUCGCUACCCUCGAACCUUGGUCAGCAUCGACUCACUGGGCCAGUUUCUGGCGCAAUCUCCAGCUACUCGAGAACCAAUGGUUGGUGGACUACUUUCCGUUCGAGGAGGUCCGCUCGGAAGUGGAUCUGCGCAAGCAACUCGACAAUCUGGUUGCUGUUCCGGAUGUUAUUCUGUACGCCGUCCUAGCUAAUCCGGCACACUUAAACCCGAUGAAAGCGGCGAGUGGAGAGAAAGGCUCUGCAGGGCAUGCAGAGGUAUUUGGAUUCAUGGCUUAUUCGCUAGCUGGUACGACGCACCGCGAGAUUGAGGUUGGAGCAAUGUUUGCACCGGCGCUACAGCGGACGGCAGCGGCAACUGAGGCACAUUACGUGAUGUUAAAGAACGUGCUGGAACCAGUUCGUGUCCAGGAAGGAAAGUCUCUGCCGUAUCGGAGGGUAUCGUGGAAAUGUAACAGUCUAAACACGGCAUCCCGCCGGGCGGCGGAGCGGCUCGGAUAUGUGUAUGAGGGAACGUUGAGGAACCAUCAGAUUAUCAAAGGGAGGUCGAGAGAUACAAGCUGGUUUAGUAUUAUUGAUAAGGAGUGGCCAAUAAUCAGGAUUGCCUUGGAAAAGUGGUUAGAUAGCUGUAAUUUUGAUGAGAAGGGCCGACAGGUAAAAGCGCUAGACUAUAUUCGAGCGAAGCUAACUACAACAGCUAAGUAA